AUGCCGCCACCGCCAUACUCUAAAUCAACAUCUAGCAAUGAUGAUGCUAUGCUUAUCAAGCCAAAACAAGCAAUUGAAACUACUAAUGCAACAUCACUGAAUGUUUCAAACGUCAAGGACUAUCUUGUUAGGCUGAAAAGCAUCUCCCCUAUAUACACUUUCAAGAAGAGAUCAAGAAUCUCAGCAGCAAUGCGUGAAAGAAAUAUCGCAACCACUACCGACAGUUAUACCGAGAAUACAAAACCAAGCUUCCAUGAGCCCAAUGCACCAUCUUCUUCUCCUUUUAUAGAACAAAAUAAAAGUACAAGUGAGAGCAGUACAAUGAACGAUAGCUUAGAGAGAAUAGGCACAUCACUCCAGCUAUUGAUUGAAGAGGCUCAAGCAAGCCUUUUGACUACUAGCACACAGCAAGUACAGCAACAAGAAACAGACACCGCUAUAGUGGACUACUCAUACCGCUAUGUUCAACACGGAUAUCUUCAAAGCCAAGAGAAACUAGCACUUGCUAUAGAGAAAUUAGAGCAAAGUAUCCACAGCAUUGUUUAUACAGCAUCUAUGCAACAACAAUCCAUAAAAAACUAUUAUACCACAACUCAUCAUCAUCAUCACUAUUAUGCAGCAACAACACAUCCCUCGUCAUUAGCAUCAGCACCAUCCUCAUCACAGCCGCUCGCACCCUCGCUUGAUCGCACCCUACUAUAA